GACCUGGAGGGGUUUGUGGGUCAAAUCGGAUUCUGUAUGUGAGGCACAUCGCUACUGCCGAGUUUUCAAGGACGUGGUGGAAUUCUUGAAAUGCGAUAAUCUUCUCAGCUGACCAAAGCGAUCAACACUGGAUGGCCGGACCGUCAUCGAACGAAGUGUGCUUUUGAAAAUUGUCCCCGUAUGUUGAAUUCGAAUUGGCUCACGAGAUAGUUUCCGAUGCCUGGAGAAAUCUGGUGAGCCAAUUCGGAUCCAUCAUAUGAGGCAAGACAUUGCUGUGGGAAGUAUGAAGAGCUGUGGACUUAGCAUCCAGAGCUGUCAUUGCUCUGGAGGGAGCCGUAAGCAAACGGUCGAAGAGAUACAUUGUGAGAAAAUGGAGAUAGUUGGAAAACCCGAUCACUACUCCAAUUCCUCACAAAAAUAUGUAGACAACUUCAAAUAUUAUUUGACUGAAGCUUUCCCCUUUGAAAAAAAUUGAAACUAUCCUCUCAAUGUAGGAAAGAAAAUAACACUCCUAAGUUUUAGUUAACAGAUAAGCACGAAAAACACGAAUAAUUAACUUGAUGAAAAACAUUCGUAAGAAAAGAAAAGUUAAAUAUGUAGAAAAAUCUUAUAAAAAACGUGAAACUUGAUAAAUGUUGCGAACAUCUAUCU